AUGAAUGAUAAAAUCAUAGUAACAAUAUGCUUUAUCUAUUUUCAGAUGAAUUCAUCAGUAUAUUCCAAAUAAAAAUACAAAUUUCAUAGUGAUAAAUAAUUUUGUACAAUAACUCUUUAAUAAUAAGAGUACAAACUUUCAAAUUUAAGUAUUAAUAAUAUUCAUGAUUGUAGACAGAGAAAGGAAUUCUAAAAAUAUAACUAAAUAAAAAGUAUAGAAAUUGAAUAGAAUCUCAACCAUUCAUAUAGGAAUAAUAGAAAUAGUAAGUUUUAAGGAGAUAAUUAUAGAUUGGGAGAAAAUAUUGAGAAUAUAAUGUAUGAUUGGAGUCAUGAGAAGGUUCUAAUUUCCAAAAUGUAGAUAGAACAAUAAACAGAAUGAAAGAUGA